ACUCCGUCAUCCGAAACAAUGAACAGCCGACAAUCUCGCGAUGUUGUUGCGGCUACUACUACUCCCAACAUGCAAAGCGGCUACCGUGCCGCAGCCCGUGCCGCAGCUGGUGCCGCAGCCUAUGCCGCAGAGUCCGGAGGGCCCCGUCGUGCCUCGAGGCGCGAAAGGUAACCUGGGAGCCGUAGUUCUCCUGGACGCCUACUGGUGUUGCCAGCGCGGCGGUGGCGGAUCGCUCGGUUCCAGCCAGUAGGUCCUGUGAGGGCGAGCUGAGGCGGAGAAAGGGCGUGGAACUGGAAACGGGUGAGUCGGACGCGGUCUACGCGGUCGAGGGAGGCGGCACCGCGGCUUAGGGUUGACUUAAAUAAAUGGACCCGUGCUGCAGUCUCUCCGGAGACACCGCGGUCUUAGCGUCAGCGAGCAGAGGGUGAGGAGGCGCCAGAGCCCGGUCCUUGCACCCGUACUCGUCCUCAGUUCUCCGCCAGCAUCUCCACCAUGCAGUCCCGGGAAGAAGCUUCGCGCUCUCGCCGCCUUGCCAGUCCCCGCGGCGGGAAGCGGCCCAAAAGGGUUCACAAACCCACGGUUUCAGCUUUUUUCACGGGCCCGGAGGAGCUGAAGGACACGGCCCAUUCCGCAGCCCUGCUGGCCCAGCUCAAGUCCUUCUACGACGCGCGGCUGCUCUGUGAUGUGACCAUCGAGGUGGUCACGCCUGGCAGCGGGCCUGGCACGGGCCGCCUCUUUCCCUGCAACCGUAACGUGCUGGCUGCCGCGUGUCCCUACUUCAAGAGCAUGUUCACCGGCGGCAUGUACGAAAGUCACCAGACGAACGUGACCAUGCACGAUGUGGAUGCCGAGUCCUUCGAGGUGCUGGUCGAUUACUGCUACACCGGUCGUGUGUCUCUGAGUGAAUCCAACGUGGAGCGCCUGUACGCCGCCUCCGACAUGCUGCAGCUCGAGUAUGUGCGUGAAGCCUGUGCCUCCUUCCUAGCCCGCCGUCUUGACCUGGCCAACUGCACGGCCAUCUUCAAGUUCGCCGACGCCUUUGGCCAUCGCAAGCUGCGAUCACAGGCUCAGUCGUUUAUAGCCCACAACUUCAAGCAGCUCAGCCAGAUGAGCUCGAUUCGGGAGGAGUCUCUGGCAGAUCUGACCCUGGCCCAACUUCUGACUGUCCUGCGCCUGGACAGCCUAAACAUCGAGCAUGAGCAGACCGUGUGCCACGUGGCAGUGCAGUGGUUGGAGGCGGCUCCCAAGGAGCGGGGUCCCAGCGCUGCAGAAGUCUUCAAGUGUGUCCGCUGGACACACUUCACCGAUGAAGAUCGGAAUUACCUGGAGGGGCUGUUGACCAACACCAUGGUGAAGAAGUACUGUCUGGACCUUGUUGAAGGGGCCCGGCAGAUGCGAUAUGGUGACACGUUGUGCAAGUCUCUGGUGCCAAAGCCAGAGAGCAGCAGCGGUGGCAGCAGCAGCAGCGGCGGCGGCGGCGUUAGCAGUGUCGUUAGCGGCGCUGGUGGCGGCGGCGGCAGCUGCAGCAGCAGCUCUGUUGUAUCGGUGGCAGAAAAUCCACCCCAGAGGCUGGGUGUGUAUGCCAAGAAGAUGGUGAUCUUCUUUGGACAUCCCAGAGAUCCCUUUCUGUGCUGUGACCCAUACUCGGGGGACAUUUACAAAGUGCCAUCACCUUUGACCUGCCUUGCUCACACUAGGACUGUGACCACCUUAGCUGUCUGUGUCUCUCCAGACCAUGACAUCUAUCUGGCCGCCCAGCCCAGGAAAGACCUCUGGGUGUAUAAACCAGCCCAGAAUAGUUGGCAGCAACUUGCUGACCGCCUGCUCUGCCGUGAGGGCAUGGAUGUGGCAUACCUCAAUGGCUACAUUUACAUUUUGGGUGGGCGAGACCCUAUUACCGGCAUUAAACUGAAGGAGGUGGAGUGCUACAGUGUCCAGAGGAACCAGUGGGCACUGGUGGCUCCCCUGCCCCAUUCUUUUAUUUCCUUCGAUCUGAUGGUAAUUCAAAACUAUCUUUACGCUCUCAAUAGUAAGCGCAUGUUCUGCUUUGAUCCCAGCCACAAUAUGUGGCUGAAGUGUGUUUCUCUGAAGCGCAAUGAUUUUCAGGAAGCCUGUGUCUUCAAUGAUGAGAUCUAUUGCAUCUGCGACAUCCCUGUCAUGAAGGUCUACAAUCCAGUCAGAGGAGAGUGGAGGCAGAUUAAUAACAUUCCCUUGGUGUCAGAGACUAACAACUACCGGAUUAUCAAUCAUGGCCAAAAACUGUUGCUGAUCACCUCACGCACCCCGCAGUGGAAAAAGAACCGGGUGACCGUGUAUGAAUAUGAUAUUAGGGGUGACCAGUGGAUUAAUAUAGGUACCACAUUAGGCCUGUUCCAGUUUGAUUCUAACUUUUUUUGCCUCUCAGCUCGCGUUUAUCCUUCCUGCCUUGAACCUGGUCAGAGUUUUCUCACUGAGGAGGAAGAAGUGCCCAGUGAAUCUAGCACUGAGUGGGAUUUAGGUGGAUUCAGUGAGCUGGACUCUGAGUCAGGAAGUUCAAGUUCUUUAUCUGAUGAUGAUUUGUGGGUUCAGGUAGCCCCUCAGUGAAAUGCGCAGGGUCAGCAGAGUGUGUUAUAGAUGAGCUGAAACUCUAAGGUGUUUUUACUGCUUUGGAAGGUAUCUUAAAGAGACCCUUUCGUUUUGCUGGAAAAAAAAAAGAAAAGUUGAUUAAUUUCAGGUUUGGUUUAGAAAGGGUAUUGUUUGAAAUACUAACGUAAUUUAAUGUUACAGAAUUUAAACAUUAAAAGAAAUCAACCUAUUUAAUAAUUUACUGUUCUAAAAGUCCAGUGUUGAUUGUUUAGUAUGUUUAUGUUUGAUGACAAUAUAAGUUAGUUGUAAUCAAUAGUCUUCUAUUAUUAAAUCUUACAUUCUGUCUUGUGCCACAAAUACUUCAACUUGAAUUUUAAUUUCUACAAUAGAAAAACUGAUUGGUUAGGAAUUAUUAGAGAGGGUUGGAAAGCAUAUAUUUUCCUUCAGAACAGUGUAGUAGAUUUCCAAAACUUUAAACUAGGGGGUUUUUACAAAAUGUGUUCUAACACAUACAGUCUGCUAAGUUUUAGUUCAGUUUUCUCCUCUUUUGUGAAAAAAAAAUACAUACGUUUAAUGUGACUGAAUGGUGAUUUCAUUUGUGAUAAUAUAUAGAAUGGUCAUACGCUCACUGAAAGUAAAAACAAAAAAACAGGAUUCUACUUUUUGAAAAGAAAUUUCAGUUUUAAAUCUGUAAUAUAACGUGUAUUUGCAAAUAGUGACCAAUUUCCAUCUAAAAAAAUUCCAUUCUAGUAGUGUCACCAAUCAUCUAAAAACCUUUUUUAAAAAAAACAAAAACCCAGUAACUUGCUUUUUAGGUUCAUAUUUUAAAUCUAUACUUGAUACAUGCUUCACUGAAUCAGAGGAAUAAUCCUUUUUUCACUGGACAUGAUUGUGAAAAUUUUUAUCCACUGUCCUAAAAAGUUUAUGUGAUUCUUAAAAUAUUUUGGCUGUACAGUUUUGGUGUUUAUCUUAGAAGAUUUGUCAACAAGAUGUGAUUAUUCUUUACUGUUUUGUGAGUAAUAUUGGUUUUGAAAGUAUGUAUUAGUUAAGAACAGUAUUUUAUUGAAAUCAGUAGCUAUUGUGUCUGUCAACUAUAAGAUCAAGUGCCAGCAAAGAAUUUUCAAACUCUAAGUUGUGUAUAGAACUGUUUUGUGUAGCAUUGAAAAAUUCUGUCAGUUUUGUAAGUCGCUAAAUGUUAUUAUCAGCUUAAAGGUAUUUUUCUAUUAAAAGUUUACAGUUCAAUAACAUAAGUGGAUGAUAGCAUUUGGGGCCAGUAGUGAAAGUAUAUUUCGUCUAAAAUAUUUCUCUAUGCAGUGGUGUACAAGGCUAUUUUAUUAUGGUAUUUGUAUCUGUUCUGUGUUUCUCUAUGAACCAUGCUCCAGUCUUUGUUUCUGUCAGCAUAUGUAAGGGAAAGAAAGUCCAGAAAUAGAGAAUAAAUCACACAAGACUUACAUUGUUAAAUACAUGAAAACAUAAGUGCUUACCUCUUGAGGGUUUAUUAGAUAUAGUUGUUAUUGAUACAUAUACAUGAUAAGUGACCAGAUGUUUAUGGUGUAUACCUUUUUCUACACACAAUCAGAAUGAUCUCCCUGAAUCUUCAUUCAGUGACAUGAUAAUUCCUCUUCUGUGUUUAUUCUCUAGUGACAGCGUGCUAACAUUUCUUACACCCGGGCAGAGUACAGAGGAAUGUGCUCUUUCUGGUAGGGAACUGGAUUUUUUAUUGAAAUACCAUAGGAUGAAAACAGAGAGGAAGACGUAAAAGGUUGUUUUUUUUUUUAAAGAUAUUUCUUAGCCAUUUUGAUGGGCUGUUUGAAGAUUCUACACGACAUUCCUGUUCAACAUUUUUAGUGAAAUAAGAUGCUUGCUUAUCCUACCAGUAUGUGUUCCUUCAGAAGGACAGACAUGCUUUUAGUUGCCCGAGGCUCAAUUUUGUUCCAUUUGACAUCAGGGUUGUUUUCGGCAGUGUCCUUAACACAAAGCUGUUUCUCAAUAGGGUUAUUUUUUUGGCCAACUUUUUCUUCACCAGGAACUUCUUGUUGAUAGCUUUUUCCUUUGUCGGGUUGAAAUAGAACAGUGAUGAUCUCAACCAGACUAUCCUUCUGCAGAAUUAAGGUGUGCAACUGAUUGAUAAAAGACAGAUUCUCCAAUUGUCAUUUUCAACCUUUAAGUUAAAGCCUAAGCGAAAUAGUAGUAAUACCUUGGUUUACAAAGAGAUUUUCUUGGGAAGAAUUUGGUUUCGUGCUAUAUUUGUGAAUUAGAGAAUAGUUGUUAAUCAUUAUUUUACGGAUAAGUGAUUUGUAUGUGAUUAGUUACAAAUAAAACAUACUAGAAUCUAGACUUUCUGAUUUUUUAAUUCAUUGUUUCUGUUAAAUGUAUAAAACCCUUGCUUGUACAGUGAAUGACAACUAGCAGUGUUGAAAUCCCUUCUUGACUGGAAAGUACCCUUGUCUCUGUUUUCCAAUUAAUCACAUCUUUUAAUAAAUAUGUUUGUAGGA